AAACAAUUCUAAACUCCAACGAACCAGACAGAAACCAUGAGCCUACUCAGAGUAAUUGCUUUUUACGUUCUGGGCUUUAUACUCCUUUCGUCAGUCACUGCUCACAAAGCCUGUUCUAAAAAUGCCAACUUGUGGAAAAGCAUACAAUACCAGCUUAAGUUAGUUGAGAAUACAGAAGUGCGAUGUGAUUGUGGUGCAAAAGAAUCAAAUAGUCGUAAAACGGUGGGAUUUCUGGCUAAAUGCUCUACAAAUCUAAGUAAUCUGAAAAAUAGAUCCCCAGUCAUAUUUGAUACAAUAGUCAUCAACACUGGUUCUGGAUACGAUGCUUCGACUGGACAGUUUGUUGCACCUUACGGAGGUUUUUAUUAUUUUACCUGGACAAUUAUAUGUCACUUUAAGCACAAGUUCCCAACACAUUUACUGCACAAUGACAACAUUAUUGCUGGUAACUAUCCGGAUGGCAGAGGACUUUCUGUAGGUCAUGCGUCUGCGACCCAAAGUGUUUUACUACAUCUUGCAGCAAAAGACAAGAUACACCUCAUAACUAAUGGCAUAGGAGAGCAAAUGUAUGGUGGUAUAUGGUCGACCUUCAAUGGUUUCAAAAUUUAACAGUUAUUAAAAUGUCAAAAAAAAUAAACAUAUCGAAUACAUAA